GCCACAUCACGAGCACCUCCUCCAACGCGACGGACACACCAUAAAUACAGCUUUGUGCCAACUUUUCAGUCUUCUCAGUCAGUCCAAUUUCUGUUUGGAGGCUGCCGAGGCCGUCUGCUGCUCUUUGUUGCCGUCGUUGUUUGACGAAACUCCAAAGAUGACUCAUCAGUUCCCAUCCCUAACUCCGGAGCAGAAGAAGGAGCUCUCUGACAUCGCUCAGAGAAUUGUGGCUCCAGGAAAAGGAAUCUUGGCUGCAGAUGAAUCAACAGGAACCAUGGGAAAGCGUCUCCAGAAGAUCAACGUGGAGAACACAGAGGAGAACCGCCGCUGCUUCCGUGACCUCCUGUUCUCCGUUGACGACUCCAUCGCUAACAGUGUGGGAGGGGUCAUCUUCUUCCAUGAGACGCUUUAUCAGAAAUCAGAUAGCGGCAAGCUCUUUCCCCAGGUCAUCAAGGAUAAGGGCAUUGUUGUCGGCAUCAAGGUGGACAAAGGCACAGCUGGUCUGAAUGGAACAGAUGGGGAGACAACCACACAGGGUCUCGAUGGCCUCUCAGAGCGCUGUGCUCAGUACAAGAAGGACGGCUGUGACUUUGCCAAGUGGAGGUGUGUACUUAAGAUCUCAGACGGCUGCCCGUCUGCCCUCGGCAUUGCAGAAAACGCCAACGUCCUUGCCAGAUAUGCCAGUAUCUGCCAACAGAACGGGCUGGUGCCCAUUGUGGAGCCAGAGAUCCUCCCUGACGGUGACCACGACCUACUACGCUGCCAGUAUGUCACAGAGAAGGUUCUGGCUGCUGUGUACAAGGCUCUGUCUGACCACCACGUGUACCUGGAGGGCACUCUGCUCAAGCCCAACAUGGUCACUGCUGGACACUCCUGCACUAAGAAGUACACCCCUCAGGAGGUUGCUAUGGCGACGGUGACUGCUCUGAGGCGUACUGUCCCUGCUGCUGUGCCUGGCAUCUGCUUCCUGUCUGGCGGUCAGAGCGAGGAGGAGGCCUCCCUCAACCUGAAUGCCAUUAAUCAGGUGCCCCUUCAUCGCCCCUGGAAGCUGUCCUUUUCUUACGGUCGUGCACUUCAGGCCUCUGCUCUUGCAGCCUGGCAGGGCAAAGCUGCCAACAAAGCAGCCGCACAGGAAGCUUUCUGCAGCAGAGCCAAGAUUAACGGUCUGGCCUCCAAAGGAGAGUACAAGCCCACAGGCACAGCUGACCAGGCCUCUAUGCAGUCUCUGUACACCGCUAGCUAUGUCUAUUAAAUAAUGUGAAAAUAAAACUAUGCACAUGGACCAAAUGCGACUUAAAGAAGUGCCUCUGCUGGAUUUCCUUCCCUACACUACCCACACCAGGGGAAGACUUCUAUUGCAAUGUUGAACUACUGUUUUCUAUUCAGUCAAAUGACUGGAAAUAAAUUAAGUGACCAAAGUA